AUGGAUGAUGAACCAGAGGUGACGCAAGAGGGGGACGUUGGAGGCAGUGGCGGCCGAGCCCCAAGGCCACGAGGUCCGGUCACGGGAGGUUGGGGUUUUGAUGAUGAUGGAGGUGGCCCACGGAUGAGUGCAGAGCCUCCAUCGCCUCAGCGUGGCCAUAAGGGCCACUUUGAGGAGGAUGAUGAUGCCGUUCCUACGAUUCCAGACUUGGAGGAGGAAGCAGAGGAGGAUAUCACCAGACAAGUCGCAGCACCUCCAAUCGCCGCGCCCUCUUUGGCUCCUCCUGUCAGAACUGUUCGUGAGCUAGACGGUGCAUUGAACAGCCGCGGAACGCAGCUCCCAGCGAGCCCUGAAGAGGGUGUCGACCUUGCCCCUUUGAUGCAGUGCUUGUGCUCAGAUCGCCAGGUGUUCGAACAGGAUAGCACUUGGGACCAUGAGCUGAUUUUUCAAGAAGUAGCCAGCGCUAUCAAUCAAGACUUGCUGACCGUGGAGGAGGGUGAAGGCGAGGAAGUUGACAACAUGGGGCGUUGA